AGGCGGCAGGCCACAGCACUUCGUCCUUUCCUCCUCUCCUCAAGAAGCGAAGCUACUCGGAAAUAAGAGCUCUGCAAUGCGCCUGAAUUUCGCGAGCACUCCCAACCCUCUUUGUCUCGGCUGCGAGGAAUGGAAGGAAAGGGCACAUAGAAUCCAUCGAUUCGAACUUGAGUUGUCUGAAGCGAAUUAAUAACUGGAACUGAAUCGAACUUACAGAUUUGAGCUUUAAAAGGUCAGAUUCGAGACAUAAGAUGAUUGGCGUCUUCUCCUUCUUCAUCAUCUUCCUCUCCUUCUUCUUCUUCAAGAGUGGUGGAUGACCGGCAGGGCAUUAUCUUCCUCUGUGGAAACGAGCCUCGUGGUGGUUGGAACGCUCCACAAUGAGAGAUGUGGAAGAGGCCCGCGUUGCACUGACCCUGAGACCGAGAGGAUGCUGCUGGCCCACGAAUCUGCGGAGUUCUGUGUUUCUGAAAAGGCAGGGCGGCUAAUUUGAUCGAGGGGAUACUGGGCGAAUUUCGCUGCUAUUCCACCGAGUGCAAUUAAGGGAAAAGAGUUGUGGGUUGUGCAUGCGACGCUCUUUAAUGAGGAAUCCAGGGGCCGCGAACGCUUCCAUCUCCCGCUCAGCACCUCGGCUCGUCCAUCUUUAGUGCAGAUGGUCGCAGUGCCUCACUCUCUACUCUGGAAUAUUCCAUAGCCCGGGUGUUGCAUGCGUUCUGCUGUUCACAGCGUCAGCGAUCUCGACGACGAGGGGACAGUUCGGAACGAUAUCUCCAGGCCCGGGCUUCCACCGUGUUCGGGUUCUAUUCUUCAAUCCUGCACGAGGAAUCGGACCAUCAGGCUGCACUCCGAGAUCGAAGCUCUUGAAUGAGUAUGCUCGCAACGACUGCGGAUUCUGGACUCCCAUUACCAUCUCCAUCGGAACCUACGGAUCCGGAGGUAUCCAAGAGCUCAGGGCGACCACCUCAAGUUGAUCACUCAGUCCGUGGCUUUGGGCACCCUUGAACGCACACUCUGCGUUGUCGUCAUCCCCAAAAUCUGUAUCCAGAGGGACUCGUGAUGGCAGGGUUCAAGUGAAUUCACCACCGCAACGAGAUCUCUGUUCUACCGAGGACCUCAGCUCGUCGAUUGCUGCACAGGAUUUCCAAUGCGGACCAGUUUUGCGGGCAAUGGUCUGGGAAGCACGAGCAAUGACCUGCGUCAUCCAGAUCCCAAUGUUGGGCAUCUGAGCUCGGGCUUGCGUUUGCUUGCAAUCCACGUUGCAUAGCAGAACCUCGGAGAAGUCCAUGGUGAGAGGCAGAAGAAGGCAUAUGUAGAUCAGAAUGUCUGUCACCACACCCGACCAGCAGCUACCUCAGAAGGCCUCGAGCAAUUCAUGUCGUUGACCUUAUGGAUCUUCGAGGGGAAGUCGCAGAGGCCAUCCGCCGAGGGGCAGAGUAUUUGUUCUCGAACCAGCUUCCGAACUCGUGCUGGUACUCUGAUCUCCAGAUCAGUCCGUCCAGCCUCUCGGACUACGUGACACUUUGUCGAGUCCUGAAUGUGGAUCUGCGAAGUAAGAAGGACAGCAUCAUUCAGUACUACAGCGAACGCCAAAAUCCGAACGGGAGCUGGUCGUCUGCUUUAGAGAGCCAAGAGGGAACGAUCUCCAGCACAGCAGAAGUGUUUCUGUCGCUCAGAAUUCUGGGGCUCAGCUCCGGCAGCCCUUCGUUGUCGAAAGCCGGAAACUACAUUUCGAAGCAAGGAGGCCUGAGAUCGAGCAGCGUGCACAUUCUCACCAGAAUUAAGUGUGCUCUGUUCGGAUUGGUCUCCUGGAACGCGGUACCGACCAUCCCAGCCGAGCUGGUUCUGCUGCCCUCGCAGCUUCCGCUCCUUCUGGACACGAGCUCGACCUGGAGGCGGUCCGUCUGGAUUCCUCUGCUGGUGAUAUACCAUCACCGCCCAGUGUUCCCUCUGCCCGACGAAGUGGUUCUCAAUGCCCCGAAGUCGAUGGGAUCGUUGAAAUCGUGGGGUAUCGACGAUCCGCCACGCAGGCUACCGUCGCUCGAUGUGCUGAUGAAGCAUGGCUUAUGCUUCAAGAGCUUCUUUCUUGUGGCUAGAGACUUCUUGUUUCGAAUUUAUGAAAAUCAUAAAGUAGAGUUUUUACGUGAACACGCUCGCAAAAAAUGCAUCGACUGGAUUCUGGAGCACGGGGAAGAUGUGGAGGAUUUGAAAUCCUCGGACGCAGUUUCUUCCAUGCUGUAUACCACGCUUGCCAUGACUCUCGAGUCCGAUGGUGUGGACUCCUCACACGUUCACAAGACGAUCCAAGCGCUCCACGCUUGCCGCUGGCCAUGGGACGAGGACAGCUCGGGUUGCAAAAUUCGACCUUCUGUCCUCUCGGUCUGGGACACUGCUCUAGCUUCUUUCUCGCUGCUUGAGUGUGGAUGGGAUCCUGACGAUGGAAGAGUGAAUAGAGCCUUGCGCUGGCUGCUCGACCGUCGGCUUCAGUUCAAGGACGGGGACUGGAAAGCUCGUCGUCCACAAUCGACUUCCGAAGGGUGCAGUGAGAGGUACCCGGACGUCGAUAUCACAGCAGCGGUGCUACUCUGUCUUUUCAAACACGAAUCGUUCGCCGCCAUUGGCAGCGUCCCCAUCGAGCGUGCAGUGAGGUGGUGCACGAGAGUGCAGAACAGCGAUGGCGGAUGGGCAGCCUCACACGCAGAGAAUGGUUGUUUGUUUCACAACGAGAUACACUCGGAAUCUGGUCGAAGCACUCCUGAUGUCACAGGCCACGUCUUGGAAGCUUUGGGAUUCUACCUGAGGUCCGAAGUGUCGAAAAAUCACAGCAAGUCACUCAGAAAACGAGCCUACUACGCUUGUCAACGCGGCAUCAUCAAUUUACGGCUCUCUCAAGAUGCCCAAGGACUAUGGUUUGGCAGGGGGGAUGCACAUUGCAUCUAUGGAACGAUGAAUGCGCUCUGCGGACUUGCAAGUCUCGGUGUCCGUGGCCCUGAGUUUGUGGUUUCUCGUGCAUUAGGCUGCUUGAGGAGAAGCCAGAACGGGGAUGGAGGUUGGGGAGAACAUGGGAAGAGCACUCCUUCUCAAACUGCCUGGGCUCUUUUGGGGCUGCUGAACUAUCUUCCGGCUGAGGACUCAACGAUCGAGCAUGGCAUACGAUGGCUGCUCGAUAGUCAGACACAAGCCGGCCGGAGAUACUCUGAUUGUGGAUCGCUAGACUUUGCAGUCCCCAUCUCAGGGACUUGUAGACGAUCCACUUGGAACGAAUGCCAUUUGUACAUGUACUCCCAUCUUUGUCGACAUUAUUAUCCCAUGAUUGUCUUAGGUAGAUUCAUGCAGUUAUGAUUUUCUUCAGCGGUGACAAGCUGAAAGCCUCACUCGUUGCUAAAGCUUUUUUGAAUCACAUGUCACUUCCAUAGCAUUGUAGGAAACAGAGAGGCAUGAGGUUUGUAGACACGUAUGGCGUGACGUUGAGAACUGUGAAUAAUUUUAGAUGUGCUUCGACGAAAUUAAUCUCGCCACCUUUUAAUUCUUGCAAAAAAUGGGCUCCACACUGAAAAAAACAAAAGCCUCAUACAUUCUCCUGGACUGGAAAAUCUGAAAGCAUG